UUCCUGUUAUUGAAGAUGGGUUAAGUCCCGGAAAAGGUACCUUACAAACUUCUCAUACAUCGGAUUUUGGGAUCAUCGGAGGUGCAAUUUGUUUCGACUACAAUUUUCCGAAGUUAAUUGGUCAAGCUUCGACGCACGGAGUCGAUUUUAUGUUGGAUGCUAGUUGGACCUGGGGACCAAGUGCAAAUUAUCAUCCCCGAAUAAAUGUAAUAAGGUCAAUAGAAAAUGGGUUUACUCUUUUCAGGUGUAACAGUUAUGGGAUUAGUGGUGUAUGGGGCCCAUAUGGAGAACCAUAUGCAGCUGUACAAACAUUAGAAGAUGUAUCAGUUGCAUUUCAGAUACCUUUAUAUCGACGCGUAAAAACAGUUUAUGGGGUUUUUGGAGAAGCCUGGGCCUGGAUGUGUGUGGGAUUCACAGUAGUAUUCUUAAUUGUGAUUAUUACAAACAUGUAUGGUUCAGAGAAUGCAAAAGAAACACUUGGAAGAUUAUCUAUUAAACUUAGGAUGUGA